AUGAAGGUGGUUGACAACAUUCAGCUUGUAGACCAAUUACCACAUUUCAUUACAAAGCCUUCCCCUUCCGUCACGGUUAAAGAGAAACAGAACGUGACACUACAUUGUAAAGCAGCUGGGUUCCCACCACCCAUAAUCACGUGGUACAAAGAUGGUCAGGUUAUAGAACAGGAAAGAAGACAGUUUAAGAAAAGAAAGUUGGAAAUAAGGGAAAUUCAGUUUGCGGACCGCGGUAUCUACAUCUGCACAGCGGAAAAUCUUUUGGGCAGAGUUCAGCUGUCGGUCAAUGUAACUGUCAAAGUACCAACAAAAUUCGUGACAAAACCAAAGAAAUCAGUAACAGCUUACAAGUCAUGGGACACAGCCCUCAAAUGUGAUAUCUUUGGCUAUCCCUUCCCUGUGAUCACGUGGUCAAGAUCACUCAAGCAACUUCCAAUCAACAGACAUGUCAUUGAUGGUAACAAACUCACGAUUAAAAACACAACCGAGGAUGAUGAUGGUGCUUACGUUUGCCAGGGAGCUAAUGAACUGGGGAGUAUGAUGGCAGUGAUAUGGAUUUUUGUAAAGAAUGUCGUGAAUCCUUACAUAGUGUCAAAUCCUCCAAGUGAAAUUCAAGUGCAGAAUGUUGGUGAUUCAGUCAAGUUAAAUUGUUCUGCUCGUGGCUCGCCGCUGCCUAGCGUCAAGUGGUUCAAAGAUGAGAAUUAUGUUAUUCCUAUCGCAACACAUGACGAGAAGGAUUUAAUAAAGAGUGAAAUUCUUAUUCCUCGUUUCAAUUCGAGUGACGCUGGUAACUACAGCUGUGUAUUUCAAAACGACAAGAAUGGAACAGCCACAGCCAGGACAAGUUUAGGAUAG